AUGAGCCCAAGGGCUACUGGUGGUGAAGCCAUGUCGGCUGCUGGUGCUGCUGAAAGGGCGUUGUCGUUGCCACCAAUUGGCAACCCUUUCUGGUCUGAGAGGGCCCUGGAGGAGCAUGCGCUGCAGCUGAUGAGGCCACCUGACUUACCAGGAGGUGAUGGACGUGCACGAGAAGGUCCAAGGACUGUGGCGGUGAGGUCACGGAGUCCAAUGGGAGACAUGAGUAGGCGUCCAAAGCCUAGAAGAAAUAGGAGUGGUAGCAGUGAGGGUGAACCAAAGAAUAGCACAAAGAGAGGUAAAGGCGUUGGAGGAGAUGUAGGGCGUAGAGAUGAAGAGGUGUCGUUAGAAAGGCUGUUGGAAAGGGAAAUGGUGGACACGUUGAAAGAUGAGAAUGAAAAGUUGAGAGAGGAACUGAGGAGGUUGCGCAGGUCAGGAACGAGUAGUUUGGGUUCUUGGUCUGAUGUGACGCCGCAGCCACCCUCAGAUCCACCACCCAAAACGCCUGAGAGAACACCACCAAUGAUGACCCCUAUGUCACCUUCAAAAAGGUAUACCCCAAAUGGGACUGAAGUGCCAGCGGGACCACCCCCUGGUUGUGAAAGUUGUGAACCAGCUUGGAUAGGUCAAAUUCCAAGGUGGCCGGAAUCACUUGGUGCGUUUGAGGCCAAGGAUUUGAUGGGAUGUCAUGAGGGACAGGUGAAGCGUGUCUCCGAACAUCCAGGUCAAGAUCUAGGUGAUGGAGAAUGUCUUGACGAUCGGGCUUUGCAUGGCAUGCGAGAUGGACUCCAACGAGGGCAUCGGGCUUUUGUGCACGGUGAACACCUUGAAGGGCAUCGGGCUUUGAUGCACGGGGGACAUCGAGAAGGGCAUCGGGCUGUGCAUUUCCAUCGAGAUGGUCAAGGACUUCGUCAAGGAGAUCUUCAACGUGCUGGACAUCAAGAAGGGCAUCGGGCUUUGAUGCAUGGUGUUCAACAAGAAGUACAUCGGGCUGCACGGGUUGAUAGCAUGUCCGAGGUGGAUCGUCUUCUUCGACAAGGGCAUCUUCGAGGAGGAGAGCGUCGUGAUGAGCUGGGGUGGGAAUUGACUCCGGACGAGAUGGCAUGGCUUCAACGUGAAGGAGCUCUGUCUGGCGCUCAACAAGGUAGAGGCCGCAUAGAUGUUGAAGAAGAAAAAAGGUUUCAAGAAAUGUUGGAGGUAAUUCCAAGGAAAGUUUGGCCUAAGGAGUAUUGGGGAAAGCCGUUUGUUCAACAGUAUAGGGACAUGGAAUCGGCACGUCUUGGAAUGAAAAGGGUAGGCGGUAAGGCUGAGACCCCCAAGGCUGAGACCCCCAAAGAGGCUGAGACCCCCAAGGAGGCUGAGACCCCCUUUAAGGAGGCUGAGACCCCCAAGGAGGCUGAGACCCCCUUCAAGGAGGCUGAGACCCCCAAGGAGGCUGAGACCACCAAGGCUGAGACCCCCGAGGAGGCUGUGAGACCCCCAAAGGAUGGCGAGUCUUGGAGUGCAGGUUCAAAGAUGUGGCAAUCGCCAAUGCCAGUGAUGGACUUCCAGGAAGAGAUGAGGUCCAUUCCAAUCACUCUGCCGGUUUUGGCAGAUCCAGGAACAAAGAAUGCUGCGCUGUUGGCCGGUGAUUGGCUUACGCAGCUGGAGCCACUGAUCGGAGAUGUAUCAGCGAGAGCUGGAAUUUGGUGGAAACAGGUGGUGGAGCUCACGAUGAAGCGCUACAGAGAAUGGCUUCAGGCACCACCUUUGCAGCGUCUCUACAUCAAGGCGCCUGCGGAUGAGGAGCUCCCCAAAGGUUUUGACCGACUUCGGCAACGGGUGUCUUCGAUGAUGUUGCAGGCCAUCCCCACUGCCAUCAAGGAUGAGGUCAUUUCCACCAGACAGCUCUCACCACAAGGAAUCUUGUUUCGGAUUCUUCGAGUUUACCAGCCAGGUGGACUCAGUGAAAGGUCAGAGACUUUGAAGUCCUUGACAGCAACGACCCCAGCCACAACGGCAAAGGAUGCUGUAGAGUCGUUGAGGUUGUGGAAAAGGCACCACAACAGGGCUAGCGAGUUGGGAGCGUCUCUCCCGGAUUCAACUCUGAUGAUCAAGGCGCUGGACAGAACGAUGGAGCUGUUGCUGAACAAGUCCCAGCAAGCCAGCUUCAGGGUCAGUACGUUCAGGCUUCAGUAUGAGGUCGAUGUGAAUCCCAAUGACGUUGUGGUGAACAAGCUGUAUGAGGUCUUGCUUGCGGAGGCCGAGCUCAUGGUCACGGCCAACUCUGAGGAGAAUCCAGCUGUCAAGCAAAUGCAGGUGCUUCCCAACGGUAAAGGACCUCCACAACAACAAACUUCUCCUGGAAAAAUGUCAGUUUGCAAAUGGUGGGGUUCUACUGAAGGUUGUCGACGUGGCCGAGCGUGCAAGUUUCUGCACGAUUUGGACUCCCUGGAGGAUAAGUCGACCAGGUGCUGGCUGUGCAGUUCUACAACACAUGCCAAAAAGAACUGUCCGACAAAAGAUGGCCAACACCAGGUCGGGGGGAGUGGAGGAGGUGGGUCAACUUCGAUGUCAACUUCGAUGACAACCUCUUCAUCCAACAAGGGCCAGUUCAACGGCAACAAGAACAACCAGCAGGAGAAGAAAGGGAAAGGAGGAGGCAAGAAAGGGAAGGACAAGGGCAAAAGUGAAGGGACAGCGGAGGAUAAAAAAGAGAAGGAUGAGAAGGCUGAUCCAAACAUUGCCUCGAUGAACGUUGAUGAUGAUAAGAGGAGUGAGGCAAGUGUGAGGACGGCGAGCACAGGUGAUAGCAGCUUGAUGAACGAGGUGACCAAUUUGCUGAAGUGUAUGAGGAUUUCGAAUGAUGGAGAUCCAACAGUCAAGGCAAUGGUCAAGCAGGUCGUCUACUCUGAGGAGAAGAAUCACCGAGUGCUCAUAGACGGGGGAGCAACACACUGUCUGAGAAGGGCAUCAAUGGAUGAGUGGAACCAAAGUUGUGAUGUGACGGUCCACUUAGCAACAGGAACUGUCAAGCUCAGGCAACACCCCGAGAAGAAAACCAUCUUCACCAAGGACCACUGCCAGCCGAUUGUGCCGAUGGCGCUUCUGGUUCAAGCUGGAGCUCAAGUUGCAUGGGACAAAGAUGGAUGUAAAAUACAACACCCCGUGCAUGGCAGGCUGGAGGUCAAGAUGGAUCAAGGAUGCCCAACUUUGGAACACAAUGUGGGCAUGAAGAUCAUGUUGGAAGUGGAACAAAUGAUGAUGCGUGGUGACUUUGCAGUAAGGAUGCUUGGAGGAGUGGAGAAGUCUGAGAAGGAUGAAGAGAUGCUCAAAAAGCUUCAGGAGGUGAAGAAGGAGUUUCCCCUUGUCCCGGACGCCAUCCUCAACCGCAUCCCAGGACGAUCAAGCUAUGAUCCCACGCAGCUUCCACUCAAUAGAAAGAUGAGGAGAAGAGUUCAGAAUGCAGAGAAGGUCAUCAUCCACCUCUACUCUGGUCCAGAUCCCAAAGAGUGGCUGAAACUUCGAGAUGAGAAGACCUAUGUCAUCUGCAUUGACAAGCUCUACCACAAUGGAGACAUGCUCAACGAUCACCUGAUGGGCUACUUGGAGGAGGUCAUGGACUCUGGCAAGGUGGAGAUGUUCUUGAUGGGCCCACCGUGCCGCACAGUCAGCGCUGCAAGACACACUGAAGAUGGAGGUCCGAGGCCUUUGAGGAGCCGAGAAGGUGAUGAGAGGUUUGGUCUCAAAGGGCUCAACCACUAUGAAAAGAAGCUGGUGGAGGACGACACGGUUCUCAUGUUACGAGCUCAAUGGUUGGCCCGAAAAGGUAACAAGGCCAGUAAUGGCAUCAUGGAGCCCAUGCUGGUGCAGCCCAGGGAUCCGAGUGAAUACAGGGAGGGGAGCUAUCCUACGUUUUUGACAUGGCCAGAGACCAAGGAAACAGCUGACCAACUGGGAUGGCAAAAGGUGAUCCUAGAUCAGGGAGCAGUUGGACACCCAACACGAAAGCCAACGACCCUCCUCUCGGACAUUCCCGAGGUGGCUCAGCUACAUGGUUUGAAAGAUGAUCGACCUCCACAACAUGACAGGCAAAAACUUUCUCUGGAGCAACGACUCGAACAGUCGAAAAGCUGGGCAGCGUGGGCGGAAGGUCUGAAGUAUGUCCUCAAAGUGGCCGCUACUUGGAGGAUCAAAAACACGCCCACCGCCGCCAUGAAAGUUGUCAACUUGCCCAAGAAGGAGGUGGAGUCAUGGAGGAGACACUUUGCUGCUGGGCAUGUGCCGUACCGCCGACCCUUCUGUGCUGGUGUUGAUCAGUCAAGAAAGAAGGCCAAGUACAUGCUCAUCGGCACCAUCACCAUUCCUACGAAAAAAGGGAGACCUAUGGUAGAAGGGUUGGACAGGCUCAUAGCAAGAGACCCUGGAAAAGAUCAGCACUUGGAUUCGAUGGAAGAAGCUCUCAUGUCGCUCUACGACCAGCACAAGGAGAUGGAGAAUCCCGAAGAAGACCCUUUGAAGAUCGAGGAUGAGAAAGACUCAAAGGAGAAAGGGGAGGAUCCAGUUGAGGUGGAGGCGCAAGAAGUUGAGGAGUGCGUCUCAAAAGAAGUGGAAAGAGCUGUGAUAGAGGAGAUCAAAGACUGGUCAAUGGAAAGUCUCACAGUGGCGAUCCCUCUGGCAAGCAGAAACAAGAAGGAAGUCGUAGAAGGUUUGACAUGGAUCUACUCAAAGCUGAAAUCGAUCCACAUACCAGUCCAAAGGUUGCAUGCUGACAGGGCUCGCGAGUUUGUGAGCCAGGAUGUUAAAAGAUGGGCACAGGCCAGAAACCUUCACCAGACCUUUACUGAAGGAGAUUCAGGAGAGGCGAACGGCCGAGCAGAACGAGAAGUGGGUAUAGUCAAAGCCCUCACUCGGGCACAGCUGCUGGCAACUGGUGAGGAUAAAUCACUAUGGCCCCUUGCACUUCGACAUGGUGCAGAACUUCGUUUUCGACAACAGCUACUUCGACUUGGAGUGCCAACGCCAGCUCUCAUCCCCUUCGGCACUAUGGGCCUGGCAAAAAGGAAGAGGUGGGAGAGAGGAGAAAAAGGAGAAGCAGGACUACUGGCUCCUAUGAGAAGAGGGAAGAUCAUGGGUCCGGCUUCAUCAAUGUCUUUGACCUCCAAGGGAUACUAUGUGAGAUUGGAGGACACUGGCAACUACAUCUACUCCACAGCUGUCGUUGUGCCCAAGCCCAAGUCUGCCGACGCUUUCGAACAAGUUCGAGCCGAAGUACAAGAUCAGCAACAAGGUGCGUGUCCCGAAUUGGACGCCAUAGAGGCAGAACUGUUCCCACCACAACUUCCACAACAAGCCUUGCAGGGUUCUCCACAACAUCAACCUGAUGCUGCGCAAGUUCAACAACAUCUCGACGCACUUCACCAAGAUGAUGAUGGGUAUUCCCCUACAGAAAUGGCGGAGUCAGAGGAUGACCCCUUCAAAGAGCAGUUCCUGGCAGAGUUCGGUGAGGUGUAUGAGAGGCUUUACCCAGAGAAUGCUCCUGCAGAAGAACGUCGACGGCGUCUUCGGGGCAAACAAACAGAGGUAGUACAAGAGGAGGAGGUGAUGAAAAAGGUCUUGAAUGCCAAGGAUGUGGCCUUCUUCAGUACCAUCACUGUCCACCACAAGCUCAACAACAAGGUUGAGGAGAGUGAGGAUGAGGAAGCAGAGUGGGGGGAGAUGAAAGUCCAACAGCACUGGGCUAUGAGCAAGCUGAUCGGAGAAGAGAUGGCCCUCAUAGAUGGCAUCGAUGCAGAUCAGCAGAUAUGGAUGAAAACCCUGACCAAGGUGCAUGAGGAGCGGGUGAAGUUGGAGGAAGAGAUCUUGGAGAAGAAGCAAGAGGAGGUCCUUCAAGGCUACACCGUCUCCAACCAGGAGGUCAGGAACAACUGGGAGGAUUGGAAAGCCCCCAUCGACAAGGAGUUAUCUACCUUGCUGGAGAAUGGUGCAAUCUCUCCGAUCACCAAGCAGCAGCGUGAUGAACUAGUUCAACAACACGGCACCAGGAUGGAGUGCAUCCCUUCAAAGAUCGUUGCUGUGGUGAAGGCAGGUGGAAAGAAAAAGGCGAGGUUGGUGGCCUGUGGAAACUAUGCCACAACAGAUCACAUCACGGCUGAGGAAAAGACGGCAUCUGGAACUGACAUCGUGGCCCUGAGGAUGAUGCUGAGGGUAGCAGCCCAUCGAGGGUGGCAAGUUGGAUCGUUGGACGUCAAAGGAGCCUUUCUUCUGGCACCACGCAGAAAAAGAGAUGUCACAGUUCUGAAGCCCCCAGCCGUUCUACUCCAAAAAGGUGUUGUCGAUCAAGACACACUAUGGUCUGUGAACAAAGCUGUCUACGGUCUUGUAGAAAGCCCAGCUGACUGGGGUGACUACAGAGAUAAGGAGAUUGCGGGAAUGCAAUGGAAACUCCAUGACAAGCUCUACAAGCUCCAGAUGAGUGAGGAGACCAACAUGUGGCUCAUCAAAGAAGUUGGAGGAGAUGGUAGUCCCUGUGGCUAUCUCGCAACCUACGUGGACGACAUGCUGAUGGUGGGUCCGCAACCUCUACUUCAAGCUCUGAUGACCACCAUUGCCAACAAGUGGGAAUGCUCCUCGCAAGAGUUUGCCGAAUUUGGCAAGGAUCUCCGGUCUUGUGGUAUGGAGAUUCGCAAGACUACUCAAGGUUUUGACAUUCACCAGUCUUCCUACGUGAUGGACCUCUUGGCCAGGUAUGAAGUUGCCAAGACAGCCGACGUUCCCAUGGGCAAGGUCGAAGACUUGGAUGAGGAUGAAGAGGAGAAGAAGGUAGACUUGGCUCAGUUGAGACAAGCACAGCAACUGGCCGGAGAACUCAUAUGGGUGUCAACUCGAACAAGGGUCGACAUUGCCUUUGCGGUUGGUGCAAUGAGUCGAAGGUUGCAUCGUGACCCGACUGGAGCCCUGAGGAUUGGAGAACAGAUCCUGAGCUACUUGAGAAAGUUUCCAGGUCUUGGAAUACAAUACUCUCCUUGUGAGCCAACAGAGAUGGAUGAGAACCAGGUGCCAAGGAUGAUGGAUACGAUCGAGGUGUUCGCCGACGUGUCUUAUGCUCCUGGAGGCAGACAGAGCCUGAUUGCAACCUCUACAGCCGAAGGAAAACUUUUGGCCUACCAAGAAGGUCAAAUCAUGGGCGCGAGUGUGGAGUCUUUGGCACAAGCUAUGGCCCUGGACCCCGACGUGCUGAUGUAUGGCGACAACAAGGCCGCCAUUUCCCUAGCUGUGUUGCAAACUGGAAGCUGGAGAACACGUCACCUGAGGGUGAGAGCCAGCAAGUUGAGAGAAGUUCUGAAGAAGGGGAAUGGAAAAGGCAGAGCCUGGCAAAUCAGGCAUAUGGCUGGUACUCUGUUGGUUGCUGAUGGUUUGACAAAAGCCCUGCAGAAGCAAGCCUUUGAGGACUUCCUCAAGAAGCUCAAGAUGUCAGUGGCCGAACGUCCCAUGCUCAACAAGGUGAAAAGCGAGGAUGUGCCCAAGGACGCCCCUGACAAGCUCCAGUGCAACCACCAAACAGAGAUCUACUAUAAAAGGAUGAUGGCAAUUGCUUUGGCAGCCCUGGCAUUCAUUCUCACAGGAGAAUUCCAAGUUGCGGCGGUGGUGCUGCUGGCUUUGAAGUGCUGCCAAAAGAUCUAUGCCGAGUUAUGCAGACGAUCAAAAGCUCAGCUACCAGAGGAGGUGUCAACUUCAAAGAAUGAAGAAAUGAAGAAGGUGACAGAGGAGAUAGAGAUGAGGCUGAAGGCUUUUCAGGUGAGGUCUGAGGCUGCUGAGGAGCUGCCCCCCAAUGUGAGAGUCUUCACAAAUGAAACGCCUAGAGGAGAUGAUCGCUGGUACCCAAUCCAGCCUGGAGGAUGGUUGAUCCGAAAGCAUGGAAAGCACCGCCAAAGAUGCUUUCACCCAUUGCACCGUUCGUGCCCUGUGGACUCCAUCCGAUUUGAACCAGUCAGGUUCACUGUGAUCUUUUAUGAAGAAGGAGGAAGAUCAAAGAAAAAGGUUGUCAAAGAUGAUUGGACAGGAACUCCUACGGUGAUGAACUAUGGGGAAUGGAAGGGCUAUACGGUCUUCAAACUCAAAGAUCAACCUGAAGUUGCCCCCACACAGUUGGAUCCUGAGGAGCCUGCCCGGUCACAGGAAGCAUCUUGUGCUAGCGGUCACAUAGCUUGCGGCAGAGAAGAGGAGUCUCUGACCAGCGGCAGUGUGAUCAGCGGCGUGCGGGAUCAAGCAUUUCUCUUCGACCUCAACCUCAAGCAGUACAACAACAGCCUGGCGAACUGGAAGAAGUCAUGUGCAGAACGAGCUCUUCAAGCUGCGACUCUGGCAGAGGAUCCGAUCUCUGACUAUGACGACAGUUUUGAGCUCAUCACGGACGAUGCUCCGCAACCACGUCCAGCACUGCGAGCGUUUAAGGGUUUUGUGGAGGUGGAGACAGAUAGCUAUGUCAGUUGCGUCUUCCUCGGAUGCUCCUCCUACUGCGCCUGCCACAAUGUCAACAGCUUCAAGCUGGAUGCCAACAGACCCAAGGCCAAGAAAGGCACCCCCACCACCACAAAGUCCGUGGGUGCAGGCCACAAUCCAAGAGCUGAGACAGCUCAGAAGAGAAAAUCAAAUGCUUCAGGAGCUUUUAGAACCUGGAGUAUUGAGGCAAGAUGA